AUGACGACGACGAGGAGGAGGAGCACAGGAGCAGCCCCCCCGCAUCUUCCCUCCCUCUUCGUAGAAAGCCAGUCGGCGGGCGGGCAUGGAGCAUCCAAUCGGACCCUGCUCCGCCCUCCACCCCCGUCCCGCCCUGCGUCGACGGCACCCGGCGCAGCAGCGGCAGCGCGGCGGCGAGGCGGGGAGGAGCAACACCCCACUGGCCCAUCCCGCCCCGCAACAAGAAUCGCCGCAAGAGGGCAGAACGGAUCAAAAGUCCAUGUGGAUUUCCCUAUGUGCAGAGCGCCACCUCCCCCUUCGAGGGCUAUAACGGCCAGGGGCGGGCGAUGGCGGCAGUGGGAGGCGGAAUCGACGACUACAAGAGACGGGGAGCAGGCAACGAGCGUGGGUGGUGCUAGAAGAUGCAGGUGCAGAUGGUGCUGGUGCUGGCGAGGGAUUGUUGGUGCUGAUGGCUGGUGGUGGUGGCGCUGCUGCUGCUGGCGCUGCUGCUGCUGCUGGAGGUGGUGGUGUCGACGAGAUUCGAGGCAGCGGUGCUGGUGGCAAGCGCUAGCAAGGUCCCCUCGCGGAGCAUCGUCAGCCCGUCUCGAAGGUCGCGCCCCGACGACGAAAGCUCGACCAAUGCCGGCCCGACGCGGCCAGGCCAGGCCAGGCCAGCCUGUACAUAUGCAAAAGUGGACCGAGACUGAAAACCUAGACGAUGCAGAACGACCAAUCAACCUCCUCCGUCUCCAUCCCUGGCUGGACCCCCGUCGUGGUCGCGGGGAAAAAGAGUGUCGGUCGACGCUCGCGCGUGGCUUCUUUCGCCCCCGCCGCCCGCCACUGGUGUGA